CGAAAGGUGUAUAUGGAAUUAUAAUUGAGUUAUUUCCAUAUGUUUAUGCAAUAUGGAAUCAAUUAAAUGAAGGAUUAACUUGAAGUGUACUGCCAGAAGUGAAGGUAACAAGAACAAUUCAACAACCCGAGGUUUGUGAACAGAGAGUCGGAAAAAUGGGACUUGAAAUCAAUUUCCGUGCUUCCCACGUAGCAACACAAGUAGGAGCAGUAGUUCUACUGGUCACAUUCCUACUGUAUGUGGUCGGGUUCGCCACAAAUGGCUGGGCAUAUUCCAAAACUGGAUCAAUCAAAAAAGGACUUUGGAAAAUAUGCCUGUGCUCAAACGGUAGUUUUGGAUCAAAAACCUGCAUUUGUACCGACCUGAUUGAAAAGGAUGAUAUCGAUCUACCAGAUUGGUACAAGGCAGUUCGGGCAUGCGCAGUCAUCGCAUUUUUAUUCCUUAUUUGGACAAUGGGAUGUACCAUGAUGUCAAUGUUUAUAACUUUGAAACCGUCUAUCAGAUUGGCAAGCAUUGCAUUCGCUAUUUUUGCUGGUGCUUUUAUUUUGACUGCCAUCGUUCUGUUUCGUGUCAAGCUGUUUGAGGGUGGAGGGGACGACAUUUACGACUUGCAGUACUCCUAUUACCUAUGCACUACUGUCGUCGUGAUCAUUUUUGUCAUACUGAUUCCACUUCUUGUCGUGGGGCACAUUAAAACACAGUCAAACCUGGCAGCGGUUGGGAUCGCACAUCAGGGCUUUGUUAUCAGCGCCCCUGGUCAUACAGCACCCAGUUACGGUCAGCAAGGCAUGGCAUAUCCUAUGAUGUCAUAUCCGACGGAACACGGUUAUACAGGAGUAAUGUAUCCAAUGAGUUCACAUCCAGUAGGAUACGGUCACCAAGGCUUGCCAUAUCCUAUUACGUCAUAUCCGGCAGGAUACGGUCGUCAUGGCGUUCUGAAUCCUAUCACAUCACAUCCACCAGAAUACGGAAACCACGGCGAUGCGAACACUGCAAUAUAACACAAGCUAUUGAUAUCACAAACAGCUCAUUAUUUAAUUGAAUGUCCUUGCAAAAUGCUAUUUUAGAGUUGAUACAUUAUGACUAAGAUACUCUUGUAUUCCUGUUUGCAAAAAAAAAAGAUUUAGAGUUUUUGAAAUUUAAAUAAAAAAAUAGUGUCGGUGUUAACCCCCCUCAAAUCAAACACUGCCUACGUGAGGAACAAUCCAAUUUAAUUAUCAAGUGACAAGCCGCUGAAAUCAAACUGCCAGACUGCGUUGAAAUUUGAAACCAAUUUUGGCGUGAGAAACUGAGUAAUAGUUCUUGUUUGCCUUUGCUUCCCAAACCUAUGAUCAGCUGCAG